UAAAAAAUCAUUUGAUGAGCAUAUAUAAAUAUAUUGAUAAUAUGUCCAUGUACUUGUACUUAAUUUAUAACUGUUACGUCAAAACCCUAUGAUUCGAACUUCGUUGAUUCGAUUUUCACGCUGUAUCGAACAUUUUGCUUGGUCCCGAAUUUUCUCACUAUAUAACGCUACUAACGAACCUAUGUAUGAUUCGAAUUUAUAACAAAUCGAAGUUUUCGAUGUAUCAAACUUCAUGGACUGUUAGCUAUGAUAUUAUAGGUAUUAUCAUAGAGAUUUUAAAGUGUCCCAUUUUUUUAGAUUUAAAAAGGUAUUUAUUUUACUGACUUUUGUGCUGGAGUUUAUGAUACCGAUUUAAGUUAGCCUUGGCAAUAUACGUCGAUGGAAAAAAGAUCAAUUGAUGAUUGGUAUUUUGUUCUUGUCAAAUACCAGUAACGUAUGAGUUUUAGAAACAAACACGUUAACAUUUUCAAACUUUAUGAUUAUGUAAAAAUAUUCAUCAAUCAAUAUACGUAAUUAAUAUUGACCGAAUCUGAGAAGAACGAGACGUGGAACUAGAUGGAAAUGAUACAAAAGGUUUCAAAAGAAGUCUAAGAAUAUAGAACAUGAAUGUUUACGAAAUGUUUAUGGAGCACGUUUAGUGAUCCCUAUCUUUACGGUUUCCAAAUAAGUUGUGAAUAUGCAAAAUUGAUGGCGUAGCAAAAUGAAUUAUUCAGAGGGCACUUAAGGCGUGAGUAAUAUGGAGAUAAAGCGUUAAAAGUUACAAAUAGGGUCUCCGAAAACGUAAUAAAGGACAUUUAGAAUAAGGGGAAAUAAAUGAUUAGUUGAGGACGUCUAACUUCAUUUCCCACAAGAAGGUUUCCAAGUGAGAUCAUGAUGUUGAUAUUGUAUCUUUCAUAUACACACAGAUAUGUUUAGAAUUCCAUAAUCGUCUUAUCAAGUUUCUGAAGUCCCAGAUAAUAAUAAUGAUUGAUAAUUGGCCAGAAGGUACCUAGCACAUAGAGGAAUACAUUUUCUCAUAUAAAACACCUUGGCCAAUUGUCAAGGUCACAUGAGCUAAACUUAAUUUUCGAAUAUUCUCAAGUUUUGAAAGAUCCAUGAAACUCUUCUUUGACCUGUAAUUUUGUUUGUUUUGUUUUUAUUUUACUUAAUUUCCUAACACCAAUAUUCUUCACCUAUUUUCAAGGUUACAGGGGUAAAAUAUGUUAAAAACAUCAAGCAGACCUACAUGUCUGAUAUGUUGCCAGCAGAUACCUAGUAUAGAAUAGUAUAAAGUGCCCUUCACCUAUUUUCACAGAGGGACAGAUAGAUUAAAAAAUGAAUGUCUUUUUUUUCAAGUUGUAGAAGACCCAUAUAACUAAUAUUUGAGUACAAUUAAGAUUCAGCUUGCAAAUGACUUUGGCCUAUUUCUAUCGUUUAAUACGUGACCACAUACAGUAAGUAUACUGUGUCGGAUCAACAAUGUGCUUCACAUUGCAUAGUGUAAUUUCUUUGCUUACGUUAUGUUUGAUUCAACAAGAUAUCCAACAGAGGUAUUUUUUGGAAAUACAAUACCUUUAUAUGAUUAGGUCAAUACAUAUAUGUAAGACCCUUCCAUUGAACAAUGCAUCGGUGAAUCAUAACUUAUCUUAGAAAUAUUGUAUACAACAUGCCGAAACAACACUAACGUGAUACGGUCAACAUGAAUAUUGGAAUCAUUUCCCCCAUUAUUCCUUACUGGCUAUGUCAGCGAUUCAGGCCCAGUGGACCUCUUGUUAUGUUAUACCAAGUUUAUCAAGUGGACAAGGCAUAUACAAAAAUAUUACGUGAAGGAAACAUCAUUAAUAUAUUGAAGAGCUUUGCCAGGUCACUGUUCCCCGUUCUGAUAAACUCUUAAAUAUCACUACCUCUGUAUGCAAACAAUAACACGAGAGGGUGACUUUGUUCACAUAAUUACGCCAAUGGUCUUUUGUGUGAAAAUUGUAUUACUUAACUCAACAAAGAUGCAGUCGGUACCUUCGGUGAGAAAGGGAUUUUCAUGGCCCUGUUGAACGAAAUGUUAGAUUGGUUGUUAAUGUUUUCCUCUUAUCUACACUGUUAGGUCAUUUAAGGACAGUGUCUACUGGAAUGGGUCAUCUGAAGGGGCGUUUUAAGGCGCCUGUGUACUCAAAAUUUCAUGUCACAGACGCAUUCACAUAUGUCUUCCGGUCAGCUCUACUGACACCACCAUAGACCAGUAAUAUAUCCUUGUACUAUUGGUACUGAUAACGUGGGGAAGUGAAGAGCUAGCUUUUUUUAAAUAAUGAAGUAUUAUGGUAUGACUUCUCCUGUUCGUUGAAAAUGUUUCUUAGCCUUCUCUUAGACUACUCCUAGUCAGAGAUAUCCCCUCUUCGUUUCUAUCUCAUUGAAAUUUAGCAGGCUUUAGAUAUAUUCAGGAUAUUAAAUUAGAUAAUGCCAAAAGAUGGCCAUAUUUAUUUUAAGAUUUUUUAUCUACGAAUUUUAUUCUAAUUCGGCGAUCUUCUGAUAUUGUUUUAAACCCAUGUCUAUGGAGAUUUCACAAUUUACUAAAAGGACGUAUAGCUAACUCAACAGUUUCUUAAGCAGCAUGUGAUUGGCCGAUUAUUCUUGUUAUAUUUCCAGGUUUCACAUUUUGACACAGGUCAAGUUUGUAUUGGUGUCCACAUUGCAAUACUCUUGUUAAUUGUAUUGCUGUGCCACUGACUGCACGCAGUUAGGCCAAUUAAGGACAACACCUUAUAGAUUAGGGCUAAAUUAGUACAUUAUGCAAUCUGUGCCGUCUAUGUAACGCCUCCUUCAUGUAUGGGAUCGGAACAGAUGCAAUGAUAGGUCGAGUUGAGAUAGUAGGCUUGCAAUACUUAUAACUCAUCGGGUAAUCAGUGCCAUCUCACACAGUCUACGGUCUCUGUGAACGUUCACCAUGGUCUCUAUGGCACCCUUUUCCCUGCUACUGUUUCUCGUCUUCGUCGCCACAGACGCUGCACCACCUACGCCUCUUGAAAUGACACUGAAGUCGAUAUACAGGCAAGAAGGCUUUGAGUUUAUUCAGAAACUCAUAUCCCACAAUGACAGUAUACACCACCAUACACGCGCGUCCUUCAAGCACAAGUAUGUAGGAAUGGGAGGAACAAUCCAGAGAACAAGGGGGUCAGGAGCAUGGCUGGACAUCGAAGCAACAUAUUCCGUCAGUGAAUCGGCACAUCAAAGGGCUGCAACUAUUGCAAGUCGAAUGACUAUGUACAUGUCGUCCUCUAUCUUCACAACGCUAGCCCGGAACGCUAAAGUGGGGGUGUUCACACGCUCUGAUACCCUUACAGUGUUUCCCGAAUACGCUAAUCUCCGGGACACAACAGCGUGUAGAGGAUCCUGUUCUGGAAGCUGCGCACACACUUGCACCUUCGAUGGCCGGAAGUACGCAUCCUUGGCCGGAACUGGCGGCGCUGUGGGAUGUGUAGUAGACGAUAAUGUUUUGUGUGAUGCUAAUGACCCUUAUCGUCACCAAGCCAACAUGCUCGUACAUGAGUUUGCCCACACUGUUAAACUCUACGGCAUACCAUCUUCUGUCAAAUCUCAGGUAACAGCCGCAUAUAACCAUGCCAGGUCUAACCGCAUUUGGGAUUUGAAUGCGUACGCCAUGGCGACAGAAGAAGAGUACUGGGCAGAAUCUUCUCAGGUUUACUUCAACGUUGAAAAGCUGACUUACACCACUGGGGGAAUGAACACAUGUGGACACAGUGGAUUCUGCACCAAUGAACAGGACUCCCGUUACUAUUUAUACACAAAGGACGUACAAUUGUACAACGCACUAACAUACGUAUAUACAAACAACCAUCCGGAGCGACACAGCAACCUCGCCACUUGUAUGUAAUGACCACUGGUGACCGCUAUUCAACCUCGCCACUUGUAUGUAAUGACCACUGGUGAUCGCUAUUCAUGUGUUUACAGUGUUUGCUAAGACUUAAAGCAAACAAUAGUUAUCACCCUCGUUGUAUCUUCGGAGAUAUUGGUUAAUAAAGCCACUUUGUGUCUGACA